AUGGAAGAACCAGAUCGUGAUCGUCCUGCAAAUGCCGAUGCGGUUGGUAGCAAAGUAAACGACCCGCUGACGGCAUCAUUCAGCUCGGAAGAUCCCGACAGCUGGACAUUACUGGGCAAAGGCAACGAUCAGCUGCACAGUGAACCAAGUGGAGUGCAGGAGAUCGAUAAAGAAAAUGUGACUGCGGAGAAAGGAGCUGGUCAGCCGACCUCAAAGCAGCGUCAUGAUAGUCACCAUAGCACUGAUUCGCAGCUAGAUGAAUCUUCCGAUGGAAUCAGCGUCAUCAGUGAAUGUGACACGGCGAGCUCUGACAAGAUGCUUACUGAAGAGGAAUCACCCAUCGACCAUGGAUGCACGGUUCAUUUCAGCCGGAACAUUAAUCUAAAGCUUCCGGAUUACAUACCACUUACACCGCCUUACACACCAGACGAACCGAAACCAACUAGGCAAGAAACGACAGACGAGAACAAAUCCGAGUUACAGAUCAAACGUCCCGAGGAGCAAUCGAUAGAAUCAGUGAAUUCGAUUGUGGAACAUUCUCAUCCUCCUGUGAGCAAUGCCAGCUGGGUCUUAUUCAGCCUGUUGGCCACGGGGAUGGUCGCGGUUCUGCUUGGCAACUCAAUGCGGCUCCAGAGCCGGGUAGAAGAGGUGAAUUUUGAGCACGAGAAACGCAUUUCCGAACUGGAGCUGGAGAACAAUAUUUUGAAGAACGAAAUGAACAAAUUGCGCCACCUUUACACGCGUUCCGAGCUAGACGAGCAAGUUCAGCGGGCUGAAUUUGAGUGGAGAGAUGUGCUAAAUCAAGCAGCAUUUGAUGAAACCGUGGACCAGAAGCAGGACGCUGAACUUGUGACGGAAGAACCGGUCCAAACACCGAUAAGGAAAGUUCCUCCCCAAGAUGGUGGUGUGAAGCGAAAGGUUGUUUGGUCGGGAGACGAAGAGGAACCGAUGCUAAUUGUGGACAAGGAUUACGUACUGCCAGCGUUCUGUUACAAACAAGAUCAAGCAGUGCACGAUGAUCUGUUUGCUGAGUAUAGUGCAAAGUAUUGUGACAUAAAGAAGCGCAAGAUUGAAGCAAAGCAGAAGAAGAGUGAAUUUCAUCAGAAAAAACAGGCCAAGCCAGAAAAUUAUAACAAAUUCAUCCAUCCUAAGGCUUCGGAGCCUUCGCAGGAAAAACGGAUCGACCCUAGCAAGCCGGCAUCACCAUUCAACAUUGACUAUCAGAAAGCAUUUGAUGCUAUCAAGGCAGAGGGUAGCGUUAUAGUAGAAGCUCUGGGUAGCAUUUUGGAUCUUUCUCCCGAUCCGGAAGAAACUUUGAAAGCGAAUGAUGAAGCACGCACACCAACAGAUACUCCUGUGUCACAUGAGACUGAAGAACAGUUAUCAAAAUGCUUCGAAGAAAGUGGUUGUGAAAAAGUAUCUGGAAAGCAAAGAUACGAAGAUCACAAACAGCGAAAGUAUCGCGAAAAUGAAUAUUACAGAAAAGAGGAUAAACCAACGAGACAGGAAGAAAAAGAGUUUAUCAAACAGAAGGACCGUGCAUCGCAUGAAGAUGGACAUAAACAAAGAAGUGAUAGCCGGGAAGAUGUAAGGCAAUAUGAUAGCAAGGAAAGGAAAAAGGAGUAUCAUUCGAAGGACAAAUAUAAGCAAAAAGAGCCAGAGAAAGGAUACAAUAAACAGAAGGACAAUAAUAUCCGUUCAGCUCAGGAAGAUGGCCAUAAACAAAGAAGUGAUAGCCGUGAAGAAAUAAGACAAUAUGAUAACAAAGAGCGAAAAAAAGAAUAUCAUGAAAAGGACAAAUAUGAGCAGAAAACAUACGCUGAAAAUUAUAAGAAUGAAUAUAACUCCAGAAAUAGGGAAGAUCACCAUGACGGGAAACGAAAACAUCACAAACAACACGAUAAUUAUCGCAAAAAUGAUCACGACGAUGACGACGAUGAUCAUCACAAGAAAAAGUUUAAACAGCGUGAAGAGUUCAAGGAGCGCGAUCAUAAAGAGAAGUCUUAUCACUCUGGCCAUCGUGACGAGCAAAGACGUGGUAGUGGCGAACGGCCAACAAAGCAGGCUUACGAAUCCGGUGAAGGAUCUUAUUUAGAAGAGUUUAAGCGUACAGAAUGGACCAACGGCGAUCGACGCCACGACGAUUAUGAAAAGCAUCACAAAAAGCAUGAUCGUAAUCAGCGUCGCGAGAAUGAUUAUUGGGAUGAAAAGAGAUAUAAGGGCAGAGAUGAAUACCGCCAGAAUGGUGGUAAACAUAGCGAGCGGGGAUCAGGUGAUCAGCAUUGGCAGGAGCGUAUGAAACACGGACGACAAGCCGCCAGAGAUGAGCAAAGGCAGCAGAUGGAACGAGACAAUAACUGGUACUUAGAGCGAGGAACUCAACGUGAAGAAGAUCGAAUGUUUCCUGUACCAGAUAGUCCAACGCGGUGA